AUGGGAAAACAACGUUCUUACGAGGAUUACACCUACAUGGCCAACAUAAUGUUCAAGACCCUGGGCUACGAUCUAUUCGAUUCACCCAGACCCAAAUGGCAGAAUCUUCUCCUACGCUGCUAUUUUGUUCUGUGCGUGGUGAGCAACUUCUACGAGGCAUCCAUGGUGACUCUCAGGAUCAUUCAGUGGGAAUCCUUGGCCGGAAGUCCGUCGAAAAUUAUGCGACAAGGUCUGCAUUUCUUUUACAUGUUCAGUGCCCAAGUGAAGUUUGUCACUUUUAUGAUACACCGAAAACGCCUACGAUUGCUGAGUAACAACUUGAAAGAAAUAUAUCCACAAGAUGAGGAAAAGCAGAAGAUUUACGGUGUCAAUAGAUUCUACCUAUCACGAACCACUCGAUAUGUUUUGUAUUUCUAUUACUUCACCAUGGUCCUCAUGGCUUUGGGUCCUGUCAUUCAGUCCUGCAUUAUGUAUCUAAUUGGGUUCGGAAAAUCCGAGUUUCCGUAUCAACGUAUUUUUCCCACACGCCUUAGCUUCGAUUCAGAAACCCCAAUGGGUUAUGUGGUUGCCUACGUAAUCGACUUUACUUAUAGUCAAUUAAUAGUGAAUGUGAGCUUGGGAACGGAUCUUUGGAUGAUGUGCAUCUCGAGUCAGAUCUCAAUGCACUUUGCCUACUUGGCCAAGGUUUUAUCAUCCUACUGUCCAAAUAAAGAAAGAGAACAAGAAGAUUGCUGUUUUAUAGCAGGGUUGGUUAAAAGACAUCAACUAAUUCUAAGCUAUCACAAGGACGUUAAUAAUGUAUUUGGACUUCUAUUGGCCUCUAAUUUGUUUACCACCGCCAGUUUACUAUGCUGCAUGGCUUACUAUACUGUAGUACAGGGUUUUAAUAUGGAAGGCAUUUCAUACAUGAUGCUAUUUGUUAGUGUAGCAGCUCAAUUCUACAUGGUCAGCUCACACGGACAAAUGCUCAUCGACUGGAGUACCAAUAUAGCUGAAGCUGCCUACGAAAACAAUUGGUAUGAAGGAUCAUUGCAAUACAAAAAGAGAAUACUUUUUCUAAUGGCGCAGGCCCAACGUCCUGCGGAGAUAUCGGCCAAGGGAAUUAUUAUCAUUUCCCUCGAAACCUUCAAAAUACUGAUGACCAUCACUUACCGAUUCUUUGCGGUUAUACGUCAAACUGUGGGAAAGUAA